AUGCCUCGUCGAUCUUUUCUCAUUGCUAUUAAUACAGGUGGAAUCGUAUUAGGUGCUUAUAGAUAUCAUAAUAAUUUGCCUGUUCUGCUUGGCUUCAUAUUAUCAUUUGCGGGUAUUUCCCCGGAUAAGAAUGUAGGCGUUUACUGGCAUGCCGAGAUGUUAGGAAUUCAUCCGGACAUACGCAACCAACAUAUUGGCCAACGAUUGCUACUAGAAUUACGCGAUUAUGCACUAUCCAGAAACAUAAAGUUAAUCAAAUAUAAUUUUGAUCCGACUGAGACACGAAAUGCUCAUAUCUACAUUAGCCGAACGGGUAGUAUCGGACGAAAAUAUUCGUCUAACCAUUAUGGUUCGUUCUCAUCUUCAGGAAAUCCGAGUCCAUUUGCAGGUCGACUUCAUAUGGAAUGUUGGCUUGAUUCUCCACACACUCGCCGAUGUCUGGGCCUGGAAAUACCAAGUGAACGUGCUAUUCCCAGACCAAAGAUCAUUGAUGAAGUGGCAGUUCCAUCCAAUAUGGAAGAAUGGAAACGCACGAAAGAUGUACGUGCUAUCAAUGCUUACAACGUAAUUGAUAAAAAUCUAUCGGCAGCCUUUGAUCGCGGACUCAAUGUUCUGGGAUUCCGUAUUGAGCCUGACGGUACCUCAGUUUACGAGCUUGGAGUUUUUAACGCAAAUGACUCAUGGUGGUGUCACAAUCUGUUGCUAUUUAAUCUUUUAUCCAAAGAAACACCGUAUCAUUAUUCGAUUAAUGGUUUGCCAAUGUCGACUUGA